AUAAAUCAUCAGACACCGACAAAACAGAGGACUCUGGUGAAAGGAAACAGAACAAGGAUGCUGCACAAACUGGAAUCAACGUGCUUAGACCUUGCUACGGGCUUGUUGACCACGGGGAUAGAAGAAUGCCAAGAAUAACUUUGAAACAGCUCAUUCGAACACAGCUCAGACACAGCCUGGCUGGUUGAGGGUCUAGGGGGGGGAAAAAAACUUGUGCUCAAAUUGUAAUUGCAACAUGUUUUCUCUAGUGACCCUGCAUAGCCAAACUGCAGCUGAGUUGCAGUCAAGUGAGCUGCUUUGAAAUUCUUUAUGAAUGGCUCUGCUAGCACUACUCGGACAGGACCAUAGGUAAAGCGAAUUCCUGAAAAAGUAUUUAAAUCAACAUGCCCCUUUUGGAGACCACAAGUCUUGCAGAGCAAGAAAAGAUGGGUCAUGGAUUGUGUCCUGUUGAGAAGAUGGAGCCAGAUCUACUCCUGAAUUCCUCGGAAGCCCAAGUGAAACACAAUGGAGAAACUCAUGUAGAUGUCACUGCAAAGAGACGCAAAAGUUCUCCUAUAGGCUGUCUGUCAAGAGUCAAGUCAUGGGCACGUCCUUUCACAAUUCUGAGUGUGGUUCUCAAUAUUGUUAUCAUCAGUGUCCUUAUUGCAUGGUCAGUGAGAAAAUCUGAACUGUGUCUGGCUGAUCCUAAAUCCCCAGGGGCCUCCUGCCCGGACGGCUGGGUUGGAUACCGAGCAAAAUGCUACUACUUCUCCGAGAUGGAAGGGAACUGGACCUACAGCCAGAGCCACUGCUCCUCCCUCGGUGCCUCCCUGGCUGGGAUCGACAGUGAGCAGGAAAAGGCUUUCAUGAUACGCUACAAAGGGAUCCCUGACCACUGGAUCAGCUUCUGGAGGGAACCUAACGGGACCUGGAAAUGGGCCAAUGGCACUGACCUCAACAGUGGGUUUGAAAUACGAGGCGGAGGGGAAUGUGCUUAUCUGAACAAAGUCGGAAUUGGAAGUUCCAGAUGUUCCACACAGAGGAAUUGGAUUUGCAGCAGACCACAAGUCAGUGCCCAGAUAUUCAGCUUGUAGCACAAACAUCCAGGUCUACAAGACGAUUUGUUUCUAUGCUCCUCUAUGGAUAUGAAACCUGGGUGACCUAUUGACAGCACCUCAAGAGUCUGGAGAGGUACCACCAACAAUGCUGCUGGAAGAUCCUUUGCAUCAAGUGGGAAGAUUGCUGCACUAACGCCAGCAUCCUCACUGAAGCCAAAAUCAUCAGCAUGGAAGCAAUGAUUCUCAUGCACCAACUCUGCUGUGCUGGACAUUGUGUGCGGAUGCCAGACUCAUGCCUCCCGAAACAAGUCCUCUACUCUCAGCUCACCCUUGGUCAGAGAUCCUGUGGUGGUCAGAGGAAACACUUCAAAAACACACUGAAAGCAUAUCUCAAGAAGACUGAUGUGGACAUCACAAGCUGGGAGGAGCAAGCCACCAACUGAUCCCAAUGGCGCCAUAUCCUCCAUCAGACAGUGGCCCAGUUUGAGGAGAAGUGCCUUGCCCUUGAAGCUGAAAAGAGAAAAGGAAGGAAAGAACUUUUUCUCCCAGAAGGCAGCUGGCCUGCCAGGAAAUGUCUGUACCUACUGCGGGCAGAUCUGUGGUUCCAGGAUCAGACUUCUGAGUCAUCUCGGGACCUACGUGUAAAUCCAUGGUAGAACUAAUCCCCAAAUCAAGGAAUUGCCCAUCAAUCAGUUAUGGAGCAAACAGGGCCUCCACAAGGAGGUGGAGAGCUCGAGAUGAAACACGAAGGUGUACAACUAUCUGCCAGCAAGAUUGUGCUUGGCAUAACAGAGCAGGAGUUAAUGCUAGCAGUGAACUAAAAGGACUUUGUGUUUGUAAGCAUCUUUUGCCUAACUCCAAUCAGAACUCUGGGUCCUUGAGAGGUGCACCCAUUAUAAGGCUUUGGAAGAGUUAGUGUUUUUUAUUUCUAUUCCAAGAGGGGCUGGCCCAGCUUUAAUAAAGUUUAUAGUGAGCUUUUUAUGAACCCUUGUUCUGCAGUCACUCCCUGACAUUCCUUUUCCUUCCAAACCCGAACUUCCAACCACAGCUAUAAUUCACCAAGAAAAUGGAAUCUGACCAGCAUGCUUGAUGUGGGAGCGAACUCUUACACGAGCUAGAUGUGAAUUAUACAACUCUCUUCUACAAGAGUCAAAAGAACUCACACCUCAGUUACUUCUGGGGGAAUUCUAUGCAAAUGCAGAAUUAAUGUGCCCUGCAGAUUUUUCUCUCACCACAGAACAGUUGAUUCAUGGGCCUCUCCCAGGCAGUGGCCCUCAACAGGCAUAUCUGGUUUGGGUACCAGGAGCAGCCAGGGGCCAUGUAAAUCACUGCCUUGGGCAGGACUGGGCUUUCUGUCCCUCUGGCUUGUUAUCAUGCUGUGCCUGGAACUGGGGAGGGGCAGCCCUGGAGCAGCUCCUGUCAUGUGCCAGGCUCCAGGUGCUAGUCCCACCUAGCCUGGGUUGGGAAAAUGGGAUUUCCUGUUCUCCUGCACCAGUUGCUCCUGGGGUUGGGGCCAGGUCAGAUUGUUGUGGAAAAUUGACCACACGGCUGAUUUUAGAUCAGACAGCCUGAGGCACCUUUACUGUAAUACAAGCAUGCAUGUAGGGAGAGAGCAUGGACCCAUGCACAGGCUAGCUUCUCUGACCUGUUACAAUUUUGUCAAACUUAUAUAGGCC